UGACAACUCAUCUCAAAACAACGCGCUUCGGUUUCGGAUUUUUGAUGCAGUCGGUUGUUUACGUUGCUGUUUUCGCGGUAAAUUAUCGGAAUAUUUUGUAUUACUUUAGUUAAAAUUAGUGCAAAUAAUGAGUGCAAUGGAGGAAGAAUACGAGGAGGAAGGCUGGAUCAAUCGUAACAAUCAGCCGGGUGAAGAAGAGCCCGAUGGACACGAUGAACCGCUGGAAAAUCCUCAGGAAGUGCUCAACGAGUGUCUGUCGAAGUUUGCCACCUCGGAUUACAUCAUGGAGCCGGGAAUUUUCACUCAGCUGAAACGGUAUUUCCAAGCGGGCGGAACGCCAGAACAAGUGAUCAAUCAGCUGUCGGCCAACUAUACGGCCGUAGCGCAAAUGGCCAAUCUCCUGGCGGAAUGGUUGAUCUUGGCCGGUGUCCGGGUGACCGACGUUCAAGCCAUGGUCGAGAACCACCUGAAGGACAUGAUUCUCAAAACGUUCGAUCCGAAGAAGGCGGACAAAAUCUUCACCGAAGAAGGUGAAACUCCGGCCUGGUUAACGGAAAUGAUCGAGCAUCAUACGUGGCGGUCUUUGAUCUACCGUCUGGCGGAGGAGUAUCCGGAUUGCCUUAUGUUAAACUUUACCAUUAAGCUGAUCUCCGACGCCGGUUUCCAAAGUGAAAUCACAUCGAUUUCGACGGCCGCCCAGCAGAUAGAAGUGUUCUCGAGGGUGCUGAAAACUGCCAUUGCCAAGUUCCUGAACCACCCGGAGGAUUGGCAGUCAUCCAUAAACGAGUGUGCGAAGAUGGUUUGCCACGGGCAGCACACGUACGUCUACAGUCAAGUGCUGAUACAGGUUCUGUCGCAGGAACCCAAGGGAGGGUUCGUCAUGAAACGACUGGCUCAGGAGAUCACGAAAUAUGCUUCGAAAAACAAUCACAAUGUUACUCCAAUUACGAUGGCCCUGAAUGGUUCGGCGCGACAUCCCCAAGCUUGCGAAGCUCUUACAUCCAUGCUGACCCGAAACGCGCUAAACCCGGCCGAUAUAACGGUUCUUUACCGAAACUAUUCCUCCCUAGAGCCACCGCCGAUCGAUCUCAUUCGUAAUCCGCAGUUUUUGGAUUUGCUGGUGGACUCGCUGUUCAAGGUCGGGGUCAAAAUUAACCAGGAACACAAAUCCAAGUACAUCUAUCUGCUGGCAUACGCGGCAAGCGUAUGCGAAACGCCAGCGAAAAAAGGUCAACCGAAAGGCCACCGGAAUAUCAACAAGGACGAACUGAAAGCCACUAUUCAGGCAAUCGAGAAGGUGCACAACAUUUGCAACGUGAAUCGUGGUUCCACAGAACUCAUCGCCGAAAUAGCCACCUUGUACCAAUGCAUUCGCUUUCCGGUCGUCGGAGUGGGUGUGAUCCGAUGGGUUGAGAACACCGUUACAGAGCCUUCCUAUUUCAAGCUGUGCACCGAAAGUUGUCCCCUCCAUUUGGCCCUGUUGGACGAGGUGGCCCAGGUUCAUUCGUCGUUGCACGAUCAAAUUCUGCGGCUGCUGAUCGAGCUGUUCGAGUCGAAGCAAGAUGAGCUGGAAAUUCUCGUCCAGCUGGAAAUGAAGAAAAUGUUGCUGGACCGUAUGGUGAACCUGUUGACGCGAGGAUGUGUGGUUCCGGUCGUCAAAUACAUCCGCCAAUGUUGCAACAAAGGGGACACCGAUAUUUCGUUGAUCCGUUAUUUUGUCACCGAAGUGCUCGAGACGAUAACGCAUCCGUAUUCGCCCGAGUUUGUGCAACUGUUUCUGCCGAUGGUGGAAAACGAGGAGAUAACCGGAUCGAUGCGGGGCGAAGGUGAUAACGAUCCCGUUUCGGAGUUCAUCGUGCACUGUAAAGCGCACUAUACGACGAUUUAGGUCAAGGUAGGUAUUUGAAAGUAAGGCAAAUUAUAUGAUUUUGGAAUAUAAUUUAGGGAAAUAAAGUGGUCCAGUUCACUGAA